AUGGAAGUGGCAGCUGGAACGGGUACCAGGAGCAGGGGAGUGAAGCGACCAGAGCGGGGGAGUGAAGCGGCCGGGAGCGGGGGAGGAAAGCGGUCAGGAGCAGGGGCGAGAAGCAGUCGGGGGAGCGGGGAAGGGAUGCAGUCAGGAACGAGAGAGGGAGGCGGCAACCGGGCUGGGGACCGGGGAACGGGGGAGAGCGGCGUCGGCCUGAACGGGGAGCCGGGAGAGGGUGAUGAAAACAGCGGCGGGGAGCUGGGGAUGGAAUCGCCAGCGGUGGAGGGAAGCCGGGAACAGCGGCCCGGAGAAAGAAGUGAAUCGGCCGGGAGCGAGGGAGGAGGCGGGGCUUGA